CGAGUUGUUAGUGCUGCCCCCUAGCGAAGGAGAAAAGUUUUGAGAAAAUUUCGAGUUCCCCCAAAAGUGAAUAAAAUGGGGGUAGCAACCAGUUCAUAUAAUGCAUACUUUAAAGAACAAGAUGUAACACCAGAUAACACGAAACAAUCAACAUUCGACCCAAUGCUGGGAUUCCCUAAUGGCAGAAAAGAGCGAGUUAUGAUAGCAACGCAGGAGGAGAUGGAGGCGAGUAACAUAUUGUUGGAGCAGCGUGACUACUGUGCUCACCUCCUGAUUGACUGGAAACGAUGCAAGCAUGAUAACUUCCCCCUCGCCUACAAAUGCAAGCAUGAAGGGCAUGUCUAUGAGCUGUGCCAAUUUGAUGACUAUGUUUUGAGAAUGAAGGAGUACGAGCGAGAGCGACGACUACUAAAAAGGGCAAAUCGAAUUCAAGCGAAGGAUUCGUCUGAAAGCUUAGAAGAGUAGUGACCAUCCAUAAAUCUAGCUAGCUUUGAUAGACUGGACGUUCCACGGCACAACAGAUGUAUGCAUAUUUGUUGGGAGGGGCCAUCCUGCUGUUAAUUAAAAGUGAAAUAAAUUGGGCAAAUAUAAAUAUUGAAUUUAUUUAACAAUUUAAAAAAAAACACCAGUUAAUGUGCAUCUCCUUGCCACAUCUUGCUCCAGCGACAUCAAUCAUUUGUGUUUUCUAAUACAGUUAGUAUGUUGGUUGGUUGCUUGCAAAGUAAUGCGUUAAUACUUGUCAGUGCCCACUACACUGCGAAUUUGUUCUUUACGUUUGUACUGACGAGUCAUCUUAAUAGGAGCUUGCUAUGUUGGCAUCAGAAAAUUUCUGCUUGUGGCAUUAUAUGCAGAGGUCCCCAUGCAAGAUAUAGCCAAUAAAUAUAGCUGCCACUGCAUCAUAGGAGAUUACGAAUGGAUGCUUGGAGUAUAUGGAUUUGUGGACUUUCAGAUAGUGAAAAUUGCGUUUGUUCUUUUAGAUUCAACUGUUUCAAUAAAAUUAUUAAAAAAAAAAA